GAGUAUGGAAUCGACUUCUCAACAACUGUUGGGGCAUCAAUGGUGCCAGUGUUCAAUGCCUCGGGCGAUGUUCUUCUUUAUGAGCGGCUGACGCAGCGACUGUCUGGCUGGUCCCGGGGCGAGGUUGUGGUUGCCACUUCGCCGAAAGAUCCAGAUGGACGCAUCUGCAAGCGUAUUCUUGGCCUGGCAGGAGACAGGGUCAAGGUGUCUAGCCAUAGCGGCGACAAGGAGGUGCUCAUCCCUCGCGGUCAUGUUUGGCUUGAGGGCGACAACAAGGCGGCAUCUCACGACUCGAGGCAUUACGGGCCAGUUCCUGUCGGACUCUUGCAAGGGAAGGUGCGCUUAAAGCUGUGGCCACUGACUGAGUGGGGUCCAGUUCGAGUCAUUCCGCCAUGA